UUUUUUUUUUUUUUGGUCUCAAGUAGGAGGCCUACCCCCCCCACCCCCACCCCCAGCCCCCCACCCCCACCCCCGACCUAAGCAGCUACCAUGUCUGAGGUCCCCGGCGCGGCGUUGUCCCAGGCGGGUUGGUAUCUUUCAGAUGAAGGCAUUGAAGCUUGUACAAGUUCUCCUGACAAAGUCAAUAUAAAUGACAUCAUCCUGAUUGCUCUCAAUACAGACUUAAGAACAAUUGGCAAGAAAUUCCUCCCCAGUGACAUCAAUGGUGGAAAGGUAGAAAAGCUUGAAGGUCCAUGUGUUUUGCAAAUUCAAAAAAUUCGCAAUGUUUCUGCACCAAAGGACAACGAGGAAUCUCAGGCUGCACCAAGAAUGCUGCGUUUGCAGAUGACUGAUGGUCAUAUAAGUUGCACCGCUGUUGAAUUUAGUUUUAUGUCCAAAAUAAGCCUGAACACACCACCUGGAACUAAAGUGAAGCUCUCAGGCAUCGUGGAUAUAAAAAAUGGAUUCCUGCUCUUGAAUGACUCAAACACUACAGUUCUUGGUGGUGAAGUAGAACACCUUAUUGAGAAGUGGGAGUUACAGAGAAGCUUGUCAAAACACAAUAGAAGUAAUAUUGGAACUGAAGGUGGACCACCUCCUUUUGUGCCUUUUGGACAGAAGUGCACGUCUCAUGUCCAAGUGGAUAGUAGAGAACUUGACCGAAGAAAGACAUUGCAAGUCACAAUGCCUGUCAAACCUACAAAUGACAAUGAUGAAUUUGAAAAACAAAGGACUGCUGCUAUUGCGGAAGUUGCAAAGAGCAAAGAAACCAAGACAUUUGGAGGUGGUGGUGGUGGUGCUAGAAGUAACCUCAACAUGAGUGCUGCUGGGAACCGAACUAGAGAAAUCUUACAAAAAGAAAAGUCAGCCAAACCGGAGGGGAAACAUGAGGGUGUCUACAGAGAACUGGUUGAUGAGAAGGCUCUGAAACACAUAACAGAAAUGGGCUUCAGUAAAGAAGCAUCGAGGCAAGCUCUUAUGGAUAAUGGCAACAACUUAGAAGCAGCGCUGAAUGUACUUCUUAACAGCAAUAAACACAAACCUGUUACAGGUCCACCUCUGAGAGGUAAGGGAAAAGGCCGGGGGAGAAUAAGAUCUGAAGAAGAGGAGGAGCUGGGAAAUGCAAGGCCGUCAGCUCCAAGCACGUUAUUUGAUUUCCUGGAGUCUAAAAUGGGGACUUUGAGUGUGGAAGAACCUAAACCACAGCCGCAGCAGCUUCAUCAGGGACAACACCGAUUGUCAAAUACUGAGCAAAAUGGAGUCAAAGAUAGUAAUCAACCACGGUAUCUGCCUCGAAAUGAUACCAGACAGCCAAGAAAUGAAAAGCCUCCUCGUUUUCAAAGAGACCCCCAAAAUUCAAAGUCAGUUUUAGAAGGCAGUGGAUUACCUAGAAACAGAGGUUCUGAAAGACCAAGUACUUCUUCAGGAUCCGAAGCAUGGGCUGAAGAGAGAAUCAAGUGUGAUAGACCCUAUUCUAGAUAUGACAGAACUAAAGAUGCUUCCUACCUUUUAAGCUCUCAGCACAAUGAUGGUGCUUUUAAAAAAAGGGAUAACUCUAUGCAAAGCAGAUCAGGAAAAGGUCCGUCCUAUGCAGAGGCAAAAGAAAAUCCACUUCCUCAAGAAUCCAUUGACUAUAAUAAUCAAAAACGUGGGAAAAGAGAAAACCAAACAACAAAUCCUGAUCAUUUUUAUGACAGGAAACCACGAACAAUAAAUAACGAAAGUUUCAGUGGUGUAAAAAUUGAAAAACAUUUUAAUGUAAAUACUGAUUUCCAGAAUCCCGUCCGAACUAAUAGUUUCGUUGGUGUUCCAAAUGGAGAGACAGAAAUGCCACUGAAGGGCAGGCGAGUAGGACCUAUUAAGCCAGCAGGACCCAUCACAGCUACACCCUAUGAUGAUAAAGUAUUUUACAAUAGUGGGCCUAAAAGAAGAUCUGGGCCAAUUAAACCAGAAAAAGUACUAGAAUCAUCUAUUCCUAUGGAGUAUGCAAAAUUGUGGAAACCUGGAGAUGAAUGUUUUGCACUUUAUUGGGAAGACAACAAGUUCUACCGAGCAGAAGUUGAAGCUCUCCAUUCUUCUGGCAUGACAGCGGUUGUUAAAUUCAUUGAUUAUGGAAACUAUGAAGAGGUGCUACUAAGCAACAUGAGGCCCAUUCAGACAGAGGCAUGGCCUUUCACAAUUCCCACCAGAGGUUGUGGAUUACACAGAAGGACUUUACUGGAGAUAUGAAAGCUGCUGAUGAAGAGGGAGAGAUUAUUCAUUCAUAAAUGCGUACCAUAUACAUAGAGAUGUCAACUUCAUACUGUUGGUAUCUACCCCCUGAAGCCCAAAUUUUGUUUUAGGUUUGUGAUAGCCAAACCUAACAGUUGAUUAUGAAAAUGUUGACAUCUACGUUUGACCCUGCUAUAUUAUUUAACAGAGACAUUUUAUUUCACCAUUUAAAUUAAUCCUAAGAGAAUAAUAAACUAGAUAAUAAUUUUAAAAACCUAUACAAAAAGUACUGUUUGAAUUUUGCUAUUUGAUAACUUCGUAUAUUGUAAUCUACCCAAAGGAGCUAUAUAUAAAGACAUGUUUAAAACGUUUCUGGGUAAUCUGAGGUUUUCUUUAUUGAGCACUGAAUGUACAGGUUAUUUGUUUAUGUCAUGUUCCUUUUUUCUGAAGGUGAAAUAACUUCCAAAGUGAAAUAACAUGGCAGGGUAUUACCCAAGAUGUGCCGUCUUUUUAAAAUUAUUAUAGUCAUACUAGUCAGUUUGUUUCUAACUUUAACUAUAAUUCAUAAGACAAUUUGAGCCUUACAUUAUUUGGUUAUCAGUAUUAAGAAUCAAGCUAGCAUAACUGUUUGAAAAAUCCACAGCAAUUAUUUUUGCAUAAAUGAAUACCAGCAGAUAUGAUAUUAAUCUUCUAUCUUCUAAGUCUCACCUUUAUUAAUAACAACCUAAAGUGUGGUGCCCUGAAUUAUGAUGUUUGUUAGUUAAAGUUAAAAUCAUGUUGCUUUUAGAUUUAUGCCAAAUAUCCUCUGAUUUACAUUUCCCUUCAAAGUAGUCUUUAAGGAAGCAUCAUGGGGGAGAGCAGCAGCCGAAGGGUGCUGGGAUUGUCAGGUGAACUGAUUUUUUCCUUUGGCGUUUUUGAUUUAGUAGGCUCAAGCCUUGUUCUCUUCGAAGUGUAAAUUUUUGUUUUUUCGUUUAUUUUACGUACCAGGGCUUUUAAAAUUGCCAUUUCAAACUGCACUGAAUUUUAUCAUUCCUUUGCAUAUAAUACAAAAGACUUGCUAAUAUACUUAUUGCACAGAAAAUAAAAUAGUAAAAUAAAUGAAUCUGAGGAAUAUUUUUGUUUUGUUUUAUUUCUCUGUCCCAACAGUGUUACUCUUAUACUGGGCAUGUGCCUUGACUAGACACUUAUGUCAGUAUAUUUUAAAGAUUAUUUUCAAUCAGAAGAGGCAUCCUUGAAUUAAAAAAAUACACACAGUUCUAUUUCAGUUUCUAGUGAAUUUCUGAGCCUCUUCCAUCUGCACCUAAAGAAGCUGAAAAAUAGUGUUGUGUUGUUGGACCACAGCACUUUCAGAUGGAGCCCCGCAAUACAUCUUUCCUCCCCUAAAGUCUGGGAUUGACCAUACAUAUUGGAUUGCAUACCAUAGGGGGUUGUCAACUGUCCUUUCAUCUUGUGUCUCCGCUUAAUACUGUUUUUGUGUAUUCUUUGGUCAUCUUGUUUGUUAGUCAUCUCUCUCUGUUUUCAUUUUUAUUUCCAAAACAGUCUUGUAUCCUCUUGGCUUUUUUUUUUUUUUUUAACCAUUCUUUCUUUCCUUUCUUUCUUUAUUUUACCUUUGGUAGGUGGUAUCUCUUGAUAUAUAUGGACUACUUUUCCUAUUGAUCUUAAUUUUCUGAACUUUACUGGAUCUAUGCUAUUUACUCUAGAAUCCUGUGUGAUAGGCUUCACUAGGAAAGAAUGGAGUUUGAUCUGUCUCCUUGUGAGAAAUACUCUAAUGUUAUAGAACUUCCAAUUCCAUUAAACUUGGGAACUACUAGCAAGAGUUUUACACCUUGGCUUGAAAUAACUCCCUUAGCAACCUGUCAUUGACUGAGAGCACCAUUCAGAAGGGAAAGGAAGUACUACAACAGUGAGUACAUUUUAUUUGCCUAAAAAAGAAAACCCAUAUGGUUUAUUAAGAGUAAACAUAGUUGAAGAGGCUCUAUUUAAGCAACUUAGACCACUGUAAGAAUACAAAAGUCAUUAGUUUUUUGUGCAGAUGGUUUUAUGCCUAAUCCAUCUAGAAGGUGUGUUCUGAGAAUAUUAGUUCUGCUUUUUAGUUAAAUACAUUUGGAAAAUGCUGGGUUAAAAAAAUUAAGCAUGCUUUUUUUUUUUUUUUUUAUGGGACCUCUUUGAGCCAAUAACAGACUAAUAUGUAUUUUAUUUCAUCUCGUUUUUCUCCAUUUAUUUAGGUCUUCUGUAAUUUCCUUCAUCAGUGCUUUGUAGUUAACGUGCAACCUUGCUAAUAUCACUUAUUGGAUCUAUGAGCUUAUGUUCAUUUGCUUUGAGUGCUUUUGGUUUUUAUUUUUUUUAUUUAGAAAAUACUGUUGAACAUUCACAUCAGUUGAUACAUAUUUUAAUCUCUGAGAGAGAGAGAUACUGUGUAUUGCUUCACAAACUUAUUUGUUCAUGGAACUUUUUUUUUAACCUGUUAUAGAACCUGUUACAGAAAAUCUAUAGGACAUAUUUUGGAAAACGUCUUAGCUGUCUUGUUACCUUCUUUCUAGUUUUCAAAUUUUCCCAGCUUUAAGAUAGGGUGAAGAUUUAGCUUUAAAUAUAUUGUUUUAGAUAUUCCAAACUUCUUAAGAGAAACAUAAUAUUAUAUUUUUAUGUUAUAAAUAGAGACUAAAUAUGUAGUAAAAGGCAGUUUGUCCUCAAACAUGUUCUCUCAUCUUAUAACUCACUGAUCUUUUAAUUUUAUUUUAACUUAAUUCUAAUUCUAAAAACUUCUAUGUAUUAACAUUUAGAAAUUGUCAUUUGUGGAGACUACCAUUAGAGUUUUUAUAAUAUUGCUGUCCUUCUCUGUAAUUCUCACCCAAUAACCUACAUGAUGUUUACAUGUUCCAGCAGUAAGGCAUUUUCAUCAUCUAUUUGGGUUUUGAAUUUGUUAUUCCCCAAUAAACUAGUCUGAGACAAAAUCUGAAA